AUGACAGCAUUCAAGGACAAUGAAGUUAAGGCAUUGUUUAGCGAAAGAGCAAGUGGAGCUGUUACCUUAGUCAAAAAUGAAGAUGGAGUAUUGGAAGCAGGAGACAAAAAGUCAAGAAAAACUAUCGACGCCAAAGUUGAUAUUCUUUUUGAAGUAUGCUAUAAUGACCAUAGCCUUUGUGAAGUUGGCAAAGACGACGUUACGGUAACUGACAACAAAUAUCUUGAUGACAGACUUAAAAAGCUUUCUAAAACACUUAGAGAUAUGAUGCUCUUAUUGGUACAGAAGAACCCUAGAAAAAUAAACAACCUUUGGCUGUUGAAUGUCUGGUUAUGGGCCUAA